CUGGAAAUGGAGGAGAAUAUUAUUGAGUGCGACCAGAAGGGCAAUCCGGCGCCGUUUUUGACAAAGACUUAUGAUCUGGUGGAGGAUCCUCGCACCGAUCACAUUGUUUCUUGGGGCCAAUCUCACACCACUUUCGUUGUUUGGAGACCCCCUGAGUUUGCCUCUCACGUUCUUCCCAACUACUUCAAACACAACAAUUUCUCAAGCUUUGUUCGACAACUCAACACUUAUGGAUUCAAGAAAAUAGUAGCAGACAGAUGGGAAUUUGGCAACGAAAACUUCAAAAAGGGAGAGAAAAAAUUACUUUCAGAGAUUCAUAGAAGAAAAUCUCAUAAUAAUCACAACAUUAAUAACAACAAUAAUAUCAAUAUAAAUUCCCACCACCAAAAUCCAUUAUUCCACCAAUUCUUCCAUCUCGACCACGAACCACUCACCCUCUACUACACGGCCGCGACCGCCGCCGCCGAUUCCGACAUCCUGGAGGCGCUGACGCAAGACAACCGCCGUCUACGGCGGAGAAACUACAUGCUGUUAUCGGAGCUGGCCCAGAUGAAGAAUCUCUACUCCGACAUCAUCUACUUCAUCCAGAACCACGUCAGCCCACUCCAACAUAAAACUGCCAGAUCAUCAUCAGUUCCCAAAUUGGUGGAGCUGGAUUCGCCGCCGCCGCCGCCGGCCGCCGGACCGGAGGAGGGAAAUGGAAACGGGACGGUGAAACUAUUUGGGGUUCCGAUCAGAGGGAAGAAGAGAGUGCAGCCGGAAGAGGGUGAGCUUCAGAUGAUGAGCUCCAAUGGCGGAUUAUAGAGUUUAGAUUAUAUCUCUCUGCUUAGAAAAAAGAAGGAUUUUUUUUCUUUUUUUAUUAUUUUGCUUCUUUUUUUUUCGGUAGUGAGAUUAUUAUUAAAAAAAAUUGUACAUAGAUAUUGAUGGAAUAU